UUGCUUCAUGAGUAGUUUAUUCAACGGCAUUGCGUGACGAUCGAGGAUUGCUCCCAAUAGACAAAAUGGCUAAGUUCCACUUUCUGGUUGUAUGCAGCCUUUUUGCUGUUCUAUUCCAAAGUAGCAUCGGGCUUGCAGCAGAUCCAUGUGAUCAAUCUCCCUGUCUGAAUAGAGGGACCUGCACUUCAGGGACCAACUCAACCAGCUACCAGUGUAUCUGUCUAGAUGGCUACAAUGGAACAAACUGUGAAGUCGAUCCAUGUGUUGCCGCUCCUUGUCUGAAUGGAGGUACCUGCCACAUUAAAACAAGCGGUGACUUAGGACCUAUUUGCCACUGCAAGAGGAACUUCCUGGGAAAGAACUGCGAGAAAGAUGCCUAUGCGUGCCGCAGCCUACCGUGUAUGAAUGGAGGAGAGUGCCGGAACCGACCCGCAACAGGAUCGUAUAUGUGUCGCUGCUUACCUGGGUCCUCCGGAGAGCAAUGCGAAAAUAAUGUUGACGAUUGUGCGAGUUCCCCCUGUCAGAAUGGUGCUACUUGUACAGAUCUUGUUGGAGGGUUUGUCUGCACCUGUCCAAAGGGAAUUGUAGGACAGCUUUGUGAAAUGGACUUCAGCUCCGAGAUCGAAGUUUCUUGUGACGCUACAGAGAUGACGAUCACACUGGUUCGAAGUCUUCUAGUUGAUGGGGAUAACGCUAGCUCCAUCCAUCUGAAUGAGGAUACCUGUACUGGUGUCUUCCAGGAUGACUACAAGAUCAUGCUGUCUACCCCAUACGGAGAAUGCGGCACAACGGUUGAGGAGGCUGGUGACACCAUUAUCUUCUCCAACACAAUAAUUUACACGAAAAAUUUAAUCACCACACAAUACCUUCUUCAACUUCCUGUGCAAUGCAUUCUUGGAAAGAAAGAAAUCGUCGAUGGUUCGUCCGGCUAUGGAAUUACACGUCAAAAUGCUACUGCAAUCAAAGGAUAUGCUCAAUUUGAAUUGAUGUUGGAGCGAUACAACAACGAGACUUUUGAUGCUCUCCCAUCUUCUGGAAACGUCCGUAUCCGAGAUGAACUGUUCUAUGCGGUCUCCCUUGAAUCUUCAGCUAGCCUUACUGUAUUGCUUGAUGAAUGUUGGGCCACACCUAGCCCGGACGCUAACGAUACACUGCGAUACAACCUCCUCGUGGACGGUUGCCCCGUCGAUAAUUCGUUGAAUAUAUUCACAAAUCUGGGACCCCUCAAGCAAGGAUUCUCUUUCCAGGCGUUCGCAUUUGUAGGCGCUUACCCUCAGGUCCAUGUCCAUUGUGCUGUAACCAUGUGCGUUACUAAUGGAAGCGGUUGUCAGCAAGGUUGUACCGCCAGCCCUCUGCGUCUUCGACGUAGCCUCCGUGAUGCAGAGAGUCUGAUGACCAACACUAUUUCGAGUGAGCCGAUUACCCUCAAUUAGGAAUACACAAAAUGGAUAACUUGAUCGAACUUUCCUUUUGGAUGCAGCAGCAGUGAUGGAUCACGACAUGCUUCCAAUCUGAUGUAAAACAGAUAUAUACUCUACGGCUAUACGAAAUAGAUAACAUUAUAAAUGGAAUAUACAUAUUUCCACCAAUUAAAUCAUUUGACAAGGAUUAUAUUGGACCUUAAGACUACAACUUUCUUGUUUGUUUGCAAGUAUCCUUGACCUAAAUACAGCUAUUUUGGUCUCAUGAACCUUUAUAAUCCUAACUAAGGGUUUUCAACAGCAAUUACCCUACGAGACCAAAUGAUUUGCUCUCGCUAGCCUCCUUAUUUUCUGAGCAUUCUCGGAACGGACCUUAGACAUUUUCGAAGUAUUUGAUGUCAGGUCUAGUCUAAAGGAUUGAAGGUCUGAAGGUCCAUGAGACCGUAAUAAUCAACCAUUUAGCAGUACGUGCUUAUUUUGAUCUCCUCGACAUAUGAUUCGGAAACCCAUCGGUCAUCUAUCACGCUUGUGUGUUGAUGAUAAAUAGAUAAUAGUAAUAAUAUUAAGGUUAAUUUGUAGCGCGCCUCUAAUACUAUGUUUCUAGGCGCCAUAAUAAUCAUCAGGGGGGCGUUUCACAAAACGUGUCAUCAGUGACAAAUGACAGUUUUUGUUAUAAGCUACUGAAAUCCUUGCUUCUGAUUGGGUAUCAGCAGAUUAGUCACUGGUUUUUGUCAUUUGUCAUUGGAAAAAGGCUUUGUGAAACGGGUCCCUGGUCAUUCAUAAUAGUUACAUAUUUAGAAAUCAAUUGAGAUACAACCAUUUUCAAUGUUUUCAAUUUUUCCACUGGAGUAUUCUCAAGCCGAAUCAUCUUAAGCCGUGACGCGGUCAAUAAUCUGCUUCAUGAAGUCCAUCUGCGGAGCCAGAUUGGAUGCUGUAAGAGACAUAGAUGGGACAUACCAUUACAUUUGAAUACAGCUAUUUAUAACGACGAAAUAAAUAUGUUGUUGAAAUUUAUGGGAUUAAUACUUGAAGAGAAAAUUGAAGAGUUUUGUAUAAUUUUAAUAAAGUCAGAACCUAGGCCAUGUAUUCUUUGAAGAUGAGUCAGUUUCAACAAAUUUGAAAAAUUGUCACAGAAUACGAAGAUGAGUUGUCUUUCGUACAAGACACAUCAUCACUAUUCCAAAUACUAAUUUGUGUUCCCGAUUAUGAUUUCACUGAAUAGCGAAAUAAUAUUCCAGUUAAUAAUAAUCGCAAAAUAAAAUCAUUUAAUCGCUGAAGUAUAGAUUGUUCAUUGUUUGACGAAACACAUGCCUUUAAACGUAAUAUGAAUCAUGAUAAUAUUUUAAAGGAA